AUGGCACCCUCCGCACUCGACCCGCAAGAUUCCCCCUCUACCACCCCUCGUCCACGAAUCCUCAUCCCCGAAAAAGUCUCCCCAGACGGUCUCGCCCUCCUAAGUCCCCACUUUCAAAUAGACCAACCAAAGAACCUCACCGCGGAAGCUCUCCUCGAGAUAAUCCCUCAAUAUCACGCUCUAAUCAUCCGCUCCGAGACGAAAGUCACAGCCUCCCUCCUCGCUUCCGCGAAGAACCUAAAGGUCGUAGCGAGAGCAGGUGUAGGCGUAGACAAUGUCGACGUUGAAGCCGCGACUUCACAUGGAAUCAUUGUAGUCAAUAGUCCGAGUGGGAAUAUCGUUGCGGCGGCGGAGCAUACGAUUGCGUUGCUGAUGGCGGUAGCGAGGAAUAUACCAGCCGGUGAUCGCUCGCUUCGUAACGGGGAGUGGGAGAGGGGAAAGCUGGUAGGGACUGAGGUUGGAGGGAAGACUUUAGGAAUCAUUGGAUUAGGCAAGGUGGGCAUGAAGGUGGCACGCAUGGCAACAGGAUUAGGUAUGAAAGUCCUCGCCAUGGACCCCUACGCCUCGCCCGAGCUCGCCUCCUCCGCAUCCGUAACCCUCGUCGAGAACCUCAGUGAUCUCCUCCCUGCCGUGGAUUUCCUCACCAUCCACACGCCGCUCAUCGCCAGCACCCUCGAUCUCAUCUCCCACGCCGAACUCGCUCUCAUGAAGCCCACCGCCAAGGUCCUGAAUGUCGCCCGAGGAGGCAUCUACAACGAACCCGCCCUCCUCUCCGCUCUCAACUCGGGAAUAAUCUCAGGAGCAGCCCUCGAUGUCUUCACCUCCGAGCCACCCACCCCCAGUUCCGCAGCUGAAGCCCUCGCCCGCCAUCCCAAGGUCGUAGCGACACCCCACCUCGGCGCCUCCACCAUCGAGGCACAAGAGAACGUCUCCCUAGACGUCUGCACACAAGUCCUGACCGUCCUCUCCGGCGGACUCCCAACCUCAGCCGUCAACGCGCCCCUCAUCCUGCCCGAGGAGUAUCGGAAGCUGCAGCCGUUUGUGGAGCUGGUGGAGAAGAUGGGGAGUUUGUACACGCAGCUUUUUGGGCGGAAGGCACGAGGGGGGAAGAGGUUCGAUUUGGUGUAUGAGGGGGAGUUGGCGGGGGUGGGGAAUACGAGGCCGCUUUUUGCGGCGUUGGUGAAGGGGUUGGUGAGGAGUGUUAGUGUGAGUGAGGGAAGGGAUGUGAAUAUUGUUAAUGCGGGGUUGAUUGCGAAGGGGAAGGGGAUUGUGGUUAGUGAGGUUCAUAAGGGGGUUAGUGAGGAGUUGGUUUAUGCUAGUCUGGUGACUUUGAGGGCUACUGGUGUUGGUGGGGAGGGGGUGGGUGGAAGUGCAAGUGGGAGUGCAAGUGGAGGUGGAGGUGUUAUCUCUGGCUAUGUAUCUGGGAAGCAGGGAUAUAUCUCGCGUCUUGAUCGCUUUAGUUCCUUUUUUGUGCCGCAGGGGACCCUUGUGGUGCUCCAUAAUUAUGAUCGUCCUGGGAAGAUUGGGGGGGUGGGGAAUAUUUUGGGGAGGCAUGGGGUGAAUAUUAGGUUUAUGAGUGUGGCUGCGCUUGAAGGGGGGACUGCUGGGGAGAGAGAAGGGGAAGGGGGUGAGAAGGAGGGAAAGGUGGAGGGAGGGGAUGGGGAGAAUGAGGCGUUGAUGAUUUUGGGUGUUGAGGUCAGUUUCUUUUCUUGGUUUUCUUUCUGUUCUUCUUAGGGAGGAAGGGGGGGCGGAGGCUGGGAUUGUUUAGCGAUGGAAGGGGGAUGGUGGAAGGUAAAUGGAAAUUGAUAUGAAUGCUGACAAGGAUAUAGGGAAUAGUUGAAAAGGAUGUAGAGGCGGAGUUGAGGGGUGAGAAGGGUAUUUUGGAUGUUAGUGUUGUGAGGCUUUAGCUUCGGCUUUACCAUUAGCCUUAGCUUUCACUAGAUAAAGCCUUGGGUUUUAUGGGACCAAGUGUGGUAUGCACUGUGGUAUGUUCUGGCUAGGAUGGGAUAGGAUAUGAUGGAAUUGGUUUCUUUAAUUUUGGGGUUGUUUUGAUGAGAAGAGGAAAAGAGAGGGAAGGAUAUAAUAGUGCAGUGCAGUGUAGUGCUAGUAUUGCUUUGCUGUGAGACGGACAGAGACACCGAGAGAGUUUGAG